AUGGCUCAAUCUGGGGGAAGGCUGGACCUCGUUCACUUUCCAGGAAUUUCGCUACCAUUCAAGAAACGUUUUAAUAAAGCAAAAGGUCAAGUUGGGAGGGGAAAAAUUCGCAGUCAGUUGGAAGAGCCUGAGCAGGAAGGUAGUGGGCGCAAGAAAACUCCAAGACGAUCCACCCGCAUAAAAGAUAAAAUAUCCACAGUUCUCACCAAAAUUAUUAAACCAAAGUUAACAAGGGUGAAAAAACCUGUCCAGAAGAAAAAGAUAAAGCAAAAGAGGAAGCAGACUAAUCCAAAGAAGAAGACAAACUCCAAGAUAAGAGCUAAAUCAAAAACCUCCAAACCCAAAGCUAAUAAAAAGAAAGCACCCCAAAAGAGAAAGCGGCUUUCACCAAAGAAGGCUUGUCCUUGUCCAAGAGUUAAACGAAAAACUUGCUAA